AUGCUCACGCGUACUCCCUGUUCUGCUCCCCCAAUCUCCCCAACUCCCUCGCCCAUCACGCGCGCCUCACUCCCCGGGCGCCAGCUGGCAGCAUCGUUCGGCCCGCGCUACUACGCCACGGUCUUCAAGGCCAAACGCCUCUCCGGCACCGGCGCCCAGCAGAUGCUGUUGGACACGCACGGCAUCAAGACCAUUCUGCUCGAGCUGCCUGCACUAGGGGGGCUGACCAUGCUCUCCCUCUCCCACCACUCCUUUCUCACCCCUCACCCCGCCUCUUCGACCUCUCUGCCUCCUCGCGCACCCCCACGUACCCUCGUGCAGGCGGCCACAGCAGCGUACAGCAAGUAUGUGACGCGCGAGAUGGGGCGAUCAGAGGCGCUGCUCAAGGUGAGAUGGGAAUGUCUCAUCGCUGCUCCUGCCCUGCCCUCCCUGCCUGCUAUGCAUCUGUCCGCUGCAAUGCUUGGCUCUCUUCCAUCGCAGUACCGCCAUUGGCCUGCUGGGCGUGCUCCCUCUCGCUCACGCCCUGCCUCCAUCCCACUCCUGCGCCUCUGUUGUGGGAGCCAUCACCCCUGCUCUCCUCCCGCCCACCAGGUGGUGCUAGCACCACAGGAGAACCUUGUGGACACGUACCGCACGCUGCUGCCCGAUGGCUCCACUGCUGACUUCCUGCGCACACUCGACCUCAAGGUGCGCACACUCGACCUCAAGGUGCGCCCACUCGACCUCAAGGUGCGCACACUCGACCUCAACGUGCGCCCACUCGACCUCAAGGUGCGCACACUCGACCUCAAGGUGCACCCACUCGACCUCAAGGUGCGCCCACUCGACCUCAACGUGCGCCCACUCGACCUCAAGGUGCGCACACUCGACCUCAAGGUGCACCCACUCGACCUCAAGGUGCGCCCACUCGACCUCAAGGUGCGCACACUCGACCUCAAGGUGCACCCACUCGACCUCAACGUGCGCCCACUCGACCUCAACGUGCGCCCACUCGACCUCAAGGUGCGCACGCUCGACCUCAAGGUGCACCCACUCGACCUCAAGGUGCGCACACUCGACCUCAAGGUGCGCCCACUCGACCUCAAGGUGCGCACACUCGACCUCAAGGUGCACCCACUCGACCUCAAGGUGCGCCCACUCGACCUCAAGGUGCGCCCACUCGACCUCAAGGUGCACCCACUCGACCUCAAGGUGCGCCCACUCGACCUCAAGGUGCGCACACUCGACCUCAAGGUGCACCCACUCGACCUCAAGGUGCGCCCACUCGACCUCAACGUUCGCCCACUCGACCUCAAGGUGCGCACACUCGACCUCAAGGUGCACCCACUCGACCUCAAGGUGCGCACACUCGACCUCAAGGUGCGCCCACUCGACCUCAAGGUGCGCCCACUCGACCUCAACGUGCGCCCACUCGACCUCAAGGUGCGCACGCUCGACCUCAAGGUGCGCCCCGUCGACCUCAAGGUGCGCACACUGGACCUCAAGGUGCACCCACUCGACCUCAAGGUGCGCCCACUUGACCUCAACGUGCGCCCACUCGACCUCAAGGUGCACCCACUCGACCUCAAGGUGCGCCCACUCGACCUCAAGGUACGCACACUCGACCUCAAGGUGCACCCACUCGACCUCAAGGUGCGCCCACUCGACCUCAACGUGCGCCCACUCGACCUCAAGGUGCGCACACUCGACCUCAAGGUGCACCCACUCGACCUCAAGGUGCGCCCACUCGACCUCAAGGUGCGCACACUCGACCUCAAGGUGCACCCACUCGACCUCAAGGUGCGCCCACUCGACCUCAACGUGCGCCCACUCGACCUCAAGGUGCGCACACUCGACCUCAAGGUGCACCCACUCGACCUCAAGGUGCGCCCACUCGACCUCAACGUGCGCCCACUCGACCUCAAGGUGCGCACGCUCGACCUCAAGGUGCGCCCACUCGACCUCAAGGUGCGCACACUCGACCUCAAGGUGCACCCACUCGACCUCAAGGUGCGCCCACUGGACCUCAACGUGCGCCCACUCGACCUCAAGGUGCACCCACUCGACCUCAAGGUGCGCCCCCUCGACCUCAAGGUGCGCACACUCGACCUCAAGGUGCACCCACUCGACCUCAAGGUGCGCCCACUCGACCUCAACGUGCGCCCACUCGACCUCAAGGUGCGCACACUCGACCUCAAGGUGCACCCACUCGACCUCAAGGUGCGCCCACUCGACCUCAACGUGCGCCCACUCGACCUCAAGGUGCGCACACUCGACCUCAAGGUGCGCCCACUCGACCUCAACGUUCGCCCACUCGACCUCAAGGUGCGCACACUCGACCUCAAGGUGCACCCACUCGACCUCAAGGUGCGCCCACUCGACCUCAAGGUGCGCACACUCGACCUCAAGGUGCACCCACUCGACCUCAAGGUGCGCCCACUCGACCUCAACGUGCGCCCACUCGACCUCAAGGUGCGCACACUCGACCUCAAGGUGCACCCACUCGACCUCAAGGUGCGCCCACUCGACCUCAACGUGCGCCCACUCGACCUCAAGGUGCGCACGCUCGACCUCAAGGUGCGCCCACUCGACCUCAAGGUGCGCACACUCGACCUCAAGGUGCACCCACUCGACCUCAAGGUGCGCCCACUUGACCUCAACGUGCGCCCACUCGACCUCAAGGUGCACCCACUCGACCUCAAGGUGCGCCCACUCGACCUCAAGGUGCGCACACUCGACCUCAAGGUGCACCCACUCGACCUCAAGGUGCGCCCACUCGACCUCAACGUGCGCCCACUCGACCUCAAGGUGCGCACACUCGACCUCAAGGUGCACCCACUCGACCUCAAGGUGCGCCCACUCGACCUCAACGUGCGCCCACUCGACCUCAAGGUGCGCACACUCGACCUCAAGGUGCACCCACUCGACCUCAAGGUGCGCCCACUCGACCUCAACGUGCGCCCACUCGACCUCAAGGUGCGCACACUCGACCUCAAGGUGCGCCCACUCGACCUCAACGUGCGCCCACUCGACCUCAAGGUGCGCACACUCGACCUCAAGGUGCACCCACUCGACCUCAAGGUGCGCCCACUCGACCUCAAGGUGCGCACACUCGACCUCAAGGUGCACCCACUCGACCUCAAGGUGCGCCCACUCGACCUCAACGUGCGCCCACUCGACCUCAAGGUGCGCACACUCGACCUCAAGGUGCACCCACUCGACCUCAAGGUGCGCCCACUCGACCUCAACGUGCGCCCACUCGACCUCAAGGUGCGCACGCUCGACCUCAAGGUGCGCCCACUCGACCUCAAGGUGCGCACACUCGACCUCAAGGUGCACCCACUCGACCUCAAGGUGCGCCCACUUGACCUCAACGUGCGCCCACUCGACCUCAAGGUGCACCCACUCGACCUCAAGGUGCGCCCACUCGACCUCAAGGUGCGCACACUCGACCUCAAGGUGCACCCACUCGACCUCAAGGUGCGCCCACUCGACCUCAACGUGCGCCCACUCGACCUCAAGGUGCGCACACUCGACCUCAAGGUGCACCCUCUCGACCUCAAGGUGCGCCCACUCGACCUCAAGGUGCACCCACUCGACCUCAAGGUGCACCCACUCGACCUCAAGGUGCGCCCACUCGACCUCAACGUGCGCCCACUCGACCUCAAGGUGCGCACACUCGACCUCAAGGUGCACCCACUCGACCUCAAGGUGCGCCCACUCGACCUCAAGGUGCGCACACUCGACCUCAAGGUGCGCCCACUCGACCUCAAGGUGCGCCCACUCGACCUCAACGUGCGCCCACUCGACCUCAAGGGAGUGAAGAAGCCAGAGCAGCAGCCACUGCUGGACGCGCUCACAGCCAAGCUCAGAGCAGCAGCGCCCACUCAGGCCUUGCCCUCCAAGUCCCCCACCUCCUCCGCUACACCCUCCACCUCCACUGCCUCUCACCCACCACCUGCCACGGCUGCUGCCACUCCCCCAGCUGCCACAGCCACCGCUGCUGCCGCUGCGGCAGCAGGCAUGCUGACGAGCGCUGCCAGCCGUGAGGCCAUGAUAGCGCGGGCGGCAGCGCUCGGGCGGGGUGCCAUGGCGCAGUCAGCAGCGGCGGCAGCAGCGGUGUCGCAGAACACGGCGCUGAAGCGCAUCUUUGCCCUCGCUGACUCCUCCACCGCCAGCGCAUCCAAGAAGGACAUGUCCUUCCGCUCCCUCUUCAAUGCUUAG